AUGUACAAGACUACAAAAGAUUUGUUUGUUGUUUGGCAUUUGUUUGGCGUAGCUCGAAGUCUCAUCCACUCAUUUCUUGAAGAUUAUAGUCGAAACAAGAACGAUUACGAUCGAAAGCUUUCUCGGCAACGAAUGUUAAUUUCCGUUUUUAGUUACAUUAAGGCUUUUGAUGAGCUUGAAUUAAAGGCUAAUUUUUUGAUGCGAUGGUUGCGAACCAAGGAGGAGUUAUCUCUACAAGAAGGAGCUAUCCGAUUUAAUCACAUUGGAUUUUAUUAUACCCGUCCAAAUAUGUUAAUGUCCUUGCAAGAAGCGGAAAAUCAUGUAAAUGUAAUAAUAUAUCCCGUCCAAUUUAAAGAUGUUGGCAAUAAUGACAACAUAGAGUUUAACUUUAUAAUUGAUAUUAGUGAUUUGUACCUUCCAAAAUUAACAAAUGAGGAAUGUCAAAACAUUAAUUUCCUUAUACAAACUCAAGCAAAUAUUCAAUUUUAUAAUUUAUAUAAUCAAGUUAACGAAAUUGUUAAACGAAAAAUUGAUAUUUUGAUUGGCCGAAAUUUAAAAGAAUUAUUCAUUGGAAAUAAAGAAUAUCUCCCCGAAAAUUCUGAAAAUUUACCAAAUCGUUUUAACUUCGUCAUGAAAAUUAGAGAUGAGUGUUUGGCUAUAAUGUCAGAUCAUGCUGAAGCUAGUGCUCGUGGUAUUGACCUUGUUCUUAAAUUAUGA